AUACGAGCUCCUUUUUCACUAGAAUACUUGCAGCUGAGAUCUUUUUAUGGCAAAGAACAUUAUGAAAAUUACGAUAUUGUACGGUAGCGAGACAGGUACUGCACAAGAUGUGGCUGAACAGAUUUGGAAAAGUGCCAAAAGAAAAGGCUUGGAAAGUAGCGUGUCUGCAAUGAAUGAUUAUCACAUUGAAAAUCUUGAUUCAGAGAAAGUGAUGCUGUUUGUGGUGGCAACUGCAGGCCAAGGAGAUCCUCCUAAUAAUAUGAGACAAUUCUGGAGACUUAUAUUGCGAAAGAAUCUACCAACAACAUUGCUGGCCAAUUCAAAAUAUGGAAUAUUAGGUUUAGGCGAUAGUUCCUAUCAAAAAUUUAAUUUUGCAGCAAAGAAAUUAAACAAAAGGUUGAUGCAAUUAGGCGCAAAGGAACUGUUACCUAUUGGGCUGGCAGAUGAUCAACAUGAUUUAGGAAUUGAUGCUGUUGUCGAUCCGUGGUUAGAAGAAAUGUGGACAAAAGUUGGAAAUACAUUUAACCUUCCUACAAUAGAUUUGAUCAGUAACCAAAAUAACAUAAUUGAAAGAUUUCAUAUUUCAGAGAUAAAUAGAAAUUUCAUGAAUAAUGAAUAUUGCUUAACUCAUGAUAUUUUCAUGAAAGAGGUGUUUAAUAAUGAAGCAAAAGUAGGCACAAUAAUUGAAAAUACAAGAACCACUGCACAAGAUCAUUUUCAAGAUGUUAGAUUGAUUAAAUUUAGAUCAGAUAACAUUAAUUAUCAACCUGGAGAUAUAGUAUAUGUUAGACCCAAGAACUCUCCAAGACAGAUUGAAAGAUUUUUUAAUAUAUUAAAUGAGAAUAAUGUACAAUUAAAUCCAGAUAUGCUAAUUCAAGUAACCAAAAAAGAAAUUAAAGUGCCUAAUGUUCUAAAGCAAAUUCUAACUUUACACCAAAUUGUAGAGCAAUAUUGGGAUUUAAGCUUUAAACCACGCAGAUCUACAAUGCAAUUAUUAUCUUUUAUUAGUGAAAAUGAAUUAGAAAAGGAAAAGUUAUAUGAAUUUACAACAGCAAGUGGUCAAGAAGAAUUAUACAAUUACAUCAAUAGGCCAAGAAGAACUAUUUUGGAGUUACUAGCGGAUUUUCCUCAUACAACUAGGAAAUUAAAUGUAAAAUUAUUAUUUGAGAUUAUGUUUCCUAUAAAACCUCGUGCUUUUAGCAUAGCUUCAAGUUUAAGGAUUACUAAAAAUGAAAUUCAUCUCUUAGUAGCUGUAGUAAAAUAUAAAACAAAACUGGUAGAGCCAAGGUAUGGAUUGUGCUCUAAUUGGUUGGCAAGUUUAAAAGAGAAAGACAAAAUAAUAUUUUGGGUACAAAAAGGAACAUUUAAAUUUGAGUAUGAUAAGCCAAUGAUAUUCAUUGGUCCUGGAACAGGAGUUGCACCAUUUCGUUCAGCUAUAUUAGAUAAAUGUGCGUUAAAUGACAAUUUAAGUGAUUGUGUUCUCUUCUUUGGCUGUAGAAACAAGGAAAAAGAUUACCAUUGUAAAGAUGAUUUUGAAUAUUUAUCACUGCAAAAAGGUUUAAAUUUAUUCUGUGCAUUCUCCAGAGAUCAAGAGCAUAAAAUAUAUGUACAACAUAUUAUACGUAAUCAAAAACAACUUUGUUGGGAGUUUCUUAAUAGAAAUGGUAACAUUUAUCUAGCAGGUACUGAGCCUGUUCGUCUUUCUCCUGGUUGGGAAGGUACAGGUAGACCUGAUGAUGAAUUGAAUUUUAAAGGAGUUACAAUGGAUCAAGCAGAUCUUGAAUUAAAUCCUCCUAAAGAUAGAUUAAAUAUAGUAUUCUGUAUAAUGAUACUUCAUGGAAUUGGUGUCUUGAUGCCAUGGAAUAUGUUUAUAACAGCAAAAAAUUAUUUUGUUAAUUACAAACUCUCUGAGGAAUAUACUGGAAUUCAAUCAAACUAUGCCACAAAUUUUCUUGCAUAUUUAGGAUUUGCAGCACAAGUACCAAAUCUGCUAUUUAAUUGGUUAAAUGUAUUUAUGCAAUUUGGUGGCAAUUUGACAACACGUAUAGUAUGGGGCAUCUUCAUACAAGUUCUGAUAUUUGUAUGUACCGUUAUUUUGGCAAUGACUGAUAGUUCUGGUUGGCCAGGUGUCUUUUUCUGGAUUACCAUGAUUUCUGUUAUUAUAUUAAACACUGCUAAUGGAAUUUACCAAAAUUCUGUGUUUGGUAUGGUGGCAAAGUUACCCACAAAAUACACAGGAGCUGUUAUUUUAGGCUCGAAUAUAAGUGGAACAUUUACAGCAAUAAUUAAUUUUAUUGCUCAAUAUAUGGCACCAAACCCUCGAACUGCAGCAAUAUAUUAUUUUAUAACUGCUCUGUUUGUUCUUCUUGCAUGCUUUGACACUUAUUUUGCACUUCCAAUAAAUAGAUUUUACCGAUAUCGUGAAUUUCUACAUCAGAAAGGAAUAAAUAAAAGGCAGUUGGAAAACAGUACAAGAGACAAACAUAAUACGCCGCCUUACUGGAAGAUAUUCAAACAAUGUUUUCCUCAGUGCUUUAACACAUUUUUUGUAUUUUUUGUAACUCUUUCUUUGUUUCCAUCUGUUCAAUCCGAUAUAGUACGUUCGGAUCCUAAUUUUAUAGUGUCAUCAGAUUAUUACAGUACUAUCAUGUGUUUUCUCACGUUCAACGUUACUGCUCUAAUUGGAAGUUCAAUCGCAUCGUUGGUUCAGUGGCCUAGUAAAAGGUACUUAAUAAUCCCAGUUGUUUUACGUGUUUUAUAUAUACCAUUGUUUUUAUUGUGUAAUUACAAACCAAAUGGUAUUUCAAGAGUAUUACCAGUGUACAUUAAUAAUGACUGGGUUUAUUUUCUAAUUGCCGUUACAAUGGGAAUAAGUAGUGGCUAUUUUUCCUCUUUGUCCAUGAUGUAUUGUCCGAGAAUGGUAGAUUCUCAAUAUAUGGCAACAGCAGGUAUGUUUGGGGCAGCAUCAUUAAUUACAGGGAUCUUUACUGGAAUAUUAUUUUCUAUGGUCAUGCCCAUCUUGGUAGCAAACAUAUCAUUUGAAUUAUCUUAAUACGUGCAAGAUUCACGAGAUGUACGUUUAAAGACUUUGUAGGAGAAUCAAAAAAAGGCACAAAGAAAAGAAUAAGAUCAGAAUCUGUCAAGAAUCUGUGGAAGAAUCUUAGUUUAACAUUCAUGACAACAAAUAAAUUUAUUUUUUAGCGCCUAAAAGGGUGAAGUUGAAAAUAAAUCUUAUAUCAUUAUUUGUUUGAUUCAUAUUUAAAGCACUAUGAACAUUUUUAUUACAAUAUAUUUAAAAAAAAAAGAAAAAAUAUAAACAUUAAAUAAUACCUCAAAAGAUUCGUAUUGUUGAAAACAAACUAAUGUUUAAUAACAAAAUAUUUAAAAUUCGAAAAAAAAAAAGAAUAGAGAUCUGUUAUGUAUCAAGUUCGUAAUAAUCAGAUUGAUGUUUAAUCACUGCCCAAUGAAAUUACUACUAUUAAAUUGGACCAAUAAGCCUUAAUAUCCGUAUGUUAUUAAGUUUUUCACAUACAUGAGUUAACUCGAAGCCGCUAAAAUAAGCACACAAAAGAUCUGUACAUUUAAUGAUUGUUAUUUACAUAGACCAAAUUUAUAAUAAGACUGUGGUUUGUUAACUUUUCGUACUAACAAUUUAACAAAAUUUAGGGUUGAGCUAUAUCCAAUUUGGACAACAAAGAUGUUAAAAUGUAACAUCAUUUUCUUCUUUGUUAAAUGCUCAGUAAUGUGCUAAUUAUAGUGAAUAAUUUAAAAUACAGUGUUUUUGAAACACAUACACAUACACACGUAUAUAUGCAUUUAAAGAGUAUAUUAAACUACAUAUCUUUUUUUAAACUAAAUAUUUUGCACAGAACAGCUUUUAAUAACUUAAUUAUUAUAUCAUAUAAUUAUGACUUUGGCAAUAAAUAGGUUGUGUUAUCUUUAUAAUAUAAUUACAAAGUAUACAUUUUGUGUUCUGUAUACUCUUAUGUAUUAAUGUAUUCUGUUUAAUUAACUUUUUUUUACUCAAAUGGUAGAUAAUUAAUAUUUGCCUUGUAUUUGUUUUGUUUAGUUUAUUUUGUAUUUUUAAUUAUUACUCUUUUCCUCACUUAGAUUUUUUCGUUUUUAUGCUUAAUGUGCUUUUUGUUCACUACGUUAAAAAAGAAAACUAACAAUAAGACAAUGCACAAAAUUGGACAUUCACAAGUUUCAAACAUAACAUUACAUGCAUAUAAUAUAUAAUAUACUUACGAAAUGUAUAUAUUUGUUUACAUUUAAAUUUAAACGAAAUGUUACACAUUUUUACAUUGAACGUAAAGCGUGUUUUUAUUACUUUAUAAUGUAUACUAUUUUAUUAUUUAUUUUUUAUCUUUAGUUAUAAUAAAUUGAAAGUUAUUUAUAACAAAUCACAAAAUUUAAAAUAUAAUUACUCUUAAUAAGUUUUACACAUAUUAACUCAUAUGUACAUAUGUGUACACAUGUUAAUUUCAGUAAAACAGAAAAGAAAGAAAGUAUAUACAUUAUUAAGUACGUUUUUUGUUUGGGUACAUUUAAUAAAAUCUGUAAAUACUGUCUAAGUGCUUCCACAUGUAGUAACAUGUGACAAUUACAAAUUUGCAUUUUUAUUAUAUACACUAUUGUAAGCUAUACCGUUUUACUGUUUAUAAUACUGUUUACCCUCUAUUUCUAUCAAUUCACAUACAGUUAUGACUAAUAUUCCUAUACACAUCUUCAAAUUAUGCUCAGCUAAAUUAAUUGUCAAAGCCAUAUAUACAUAAACAUAAAGAAAUCUUGUUAAUGGAAAACCUUAAAUUACCUCAAAUAUUGUACCCCAAGUUGACCACAAAUUUUAUUCUAAAAUAUAGAAUCCGAAUUCCUAGAAGGACAAUCCUCUGCAUAAGGCAAUUCAGACAAUAAAUUAUAAAUAAAAUUCAAUAAAACCAAUGAAUGAGAAAUCAUUGAAUUUAAAGCUGAUAGAGCAUAGAAGGGAUAUUUUUAUAUUGAUUCACUUGUGGACAUGUUUCAUCUAAAAUUGCUUAAUGCAUAUCAUUAGAUAGAUUAGGCUUUCUUCAUUAAGAUAUACUUCAAAAAGUAUUUAAAUGGUGGUACAUCUGUUUUCAUGAAAAUGAAACCAUAAAAGAUCAUGUAACAAAGUAGGAACCAGAUUACACCAAUGUUAAACAUAACGUAAACCUUACCAUUAUUAUGUUGAAAGGUUUGGGCAUGCAAGUUAUAAAUAUAAAUAUGAAUCACUGUAAUAUACUUACAAAGUUCAUGGUUACAAAAUGCGUCUUGAAAAGUAGAUUUAUGGAAUUGUUUUAAUUGUUCAAUUUAUUGUAGAGAUGAUGUUAAAUAAAUGAUUAAGGACAAAAA